CCGAGUCGGGGGGCGGGGAGACGGAAAACUCGGCUCCGGGGCCUCAGCUGCUCAGCUCCGGAGCCCCGCUCCCUGGCCCGCGGUGGGGAUGGACUGAAGCGCCGCCCGCCCGCCAGCGAUCCCCCGCCCCUCCUCCGGCCCGAGCCCCGAAGCGGCUGCAGCCAGAAGAGCCUCCCCCGAUCCUGCCUUCGGCCGCCGGCGCCGGGUCAAACCAUGACCGCCGGGUUAAGGAAGACCCUGCUGCCGCCACCGCUACUGCUACUGCUGCUGCUUUGCCAGGGUACACAGGUGCAAGGAUGCCCCACAGGUUGCCAGUGCAACCAGCCACAGACUGUCUUCUGUAUUGCCCGGAAGGGCACCACGGUCCCUAACGAUGUGCCCCCGGACACAGCCGACCUGUACGUAUUUGAGAACGGCAUCACCACCCUGGAUUCAGGAAGCUUUGUGGGCCUCCCUGCCCUGCAGCUCCUUGAUCUGUCCCAGAACCAGAUCGCCAUUCUCCACGGGGGAGUCUUUCAGCCCCUAGCCAACCUCAGCAACCUGGACCUCUCAUCCAAUCAGCUGCAGGAGAUCACCAACGAGACGUUCCGGGGCCUCCGCCUGCUGGAGCGCCUCUACCUGUCCCACAACCGCAUCCACCACAUCCAGGUGGACGCCUUCGACACCUUGGAGAGCCUCCUAGAGCUGAAGCUGGAAGACAACCAGCUCCACGUGCUGCCCCCUUUGCGCCUGCCUCGCCUGCUGCUGCUGGACCUCAGCCACAACCGAAUCCCGGCUCUGGAGGCGGGCACCUUUGGGAUGAGCAACAUAGAGUCGCUGAAGCUGGCCGGCCUGGGGCUGAGCCGGCUGGAGGAGGAGCUGUUCGCGGGCCUCCGGAACCUGCACGAGCUGGACGUCUCCGAGAACCAGCUGGAGGCGGCCCCCGCCGUGCUGCGGGGGCUCCGGGGCCUGACCCGCCUCACUCUGGCGGGGAACACCCGCAUCACCCAGCUGCUGCCCGACGACCUGGAUGGCCUGGCCAACCUGCAGGUGCUGGACCUCAGCAACCUGAGCCUGCAGGGCCUGCCCCGGGACUUCUUUAGCCGGUUCCCCCGGCUCCGAGAAGUCAAGGCUGCCCGAAACCCCUUCAACUGCGUGUGCCAGCUGAGCUGGUUUGGGCAGUGGGCCAGAGAGAGCCGAGUGAUGCUAUGGAGCCCCGAUGAGACGAGGUGCCACUUCCCCCCCAAGAACGCGGGGAAGCUCCUGCAGCACCUGGACUAUGCGGACUUCGGCUGCCCGGCCACCACUACCACCGCCACGACAGCCCGGCCCUCCACCCCCUGGCCCACGCUGCCCCUCACCAGCCUGCCGCCGGAGGCGCCCAGCACGCAGGCGCCCACAGCGGCCCCCCCGGGUGGGGAUGGCCCCAGCCCGCCCUCUGCCGCGGCCCCCACUGGCAGCAUGGGCACCCCGCCCAAGGGCUGCCCCGCCCACACCUGUCUCAACGGCGGCACCUGCCGGCUCAGCGCCUGGCACCACCUCGAGUGCUUGUGCCCCGAGGGUUUCUCGGGUCUCUACUGUGAAGUGAAGACCAAGCGGCCCACCAAGCCGCCGCUGCCCACCAGGCUGCCGGCGCGGGUCUCCCAACUCGCCAUCGAGCAGGUGAGCGCCACCUCCCUGCGGGUCAGGCUGAAGAAUUACACCCAGAACAAGGCCCAGCUCAAGGGCCUGCGGCUGACUUACCGCAACCUCUCGGGCCCCGACAAAAGGCCCGUGACCCUCAGCCUCCCCGCCACGCUCUUGGACUACACGGUCACCCAGCUGCGGCCCAACGCCACCUACUCCAUCUGCAUCGGGCCCCUGGGCGGCGCGCGCGGCCCCGAGGGCGAGGAGGCCUGCGGAGAGGCCCGCACCUCCCCGUCUGUGCGCUACAACCAUGCCCCCGUCACGCAGGGCAAGGAGGGCAACCUGCCGCUCAUGAUCGUGCCCGCCCUGGCAGCCCUGCUCCUGGGGGUGCUGGCCGCCGCGGGGGCCAUGUACGGCCUCCGCCGAAGGCAGGCCCAGGACAAGGCGCGAGGCCAGCGGGGGGCGGAGGCCGGGCCCAUGGAGCUGGGGGGGGUGAAGGCCCCGCUGGAGGACCCGGGCCCCAAGCUGCCCGAGGGCGUCGGGGCGCUGGCGGGCGGCUCUGAGUGCGAAGUGCCGCUCAUGCACUAUGCCGCCGGCAAUAACAACAGGGCCCCUGUUGCCAAGCCCUCCUACUUCUGAACCCUGCCUGCUCAAGGGAGCCACUGGGCUCCAAGGGCCUUCUCCGGCAGCCCCACCGGACCCCAGCCACGAAAGCCGUAAGGUGUGCGGCGGGCAGCCCCGGGCCGGGAGAAGGGCCCCGGGCUGGCAGUUAGGAGCCCGGGUGUUAGGCCUGGCUCUGCUGCGAACUGUGUCGCGCUCUCUGGACCUCAGUUUCCUCAACUGUAAAAUGAGGGCGUUGGGUUUAAUGAUCUUCAGGAUCAUUCCAGCUUUGUAGAGUCUCUGAUCCCAGCUCCCCUCACCCAUCCCCAACGAGGCGCAAUCUCUGGAGCCACACAGCCUCACCCUCCUCUGUCCCCCCUCUCAUGUCCAGAAGCCGCCUGGGAGGCCCCCUGUGUGCUGGUAACACAGGCGCGAGCUUCUCAGGGGGUAGCUCCUGCCGACUCCCUCCUGAGAGGUCUUGGGCGGGGAGGGAAGGAGAGGGUACAAAAAAUGAAGGAAAUCUUGGGGGAGUCAAAUAGGGUCCAGGCAGGGAAGAUACUCCUCAAAGGUGUGGACUCCAGCUUCAGCCUUGAGGAAGCGAAGGAACAAAAGAAACUGGAAAGAAGAUUAAGGACUUUUUUUUUUUUUUUUGGAAAAAAAUAUUUAUAUCAUAUUCUUUCCCAUUUCUUCUGGGAAAGCACUUUUCAAACCCAGAGGCAAGGACUUUGGUUUUUAUAAGACAGAUGAUGACAUGAAGGCCUUUUGUAAUAAAAAGAAAUAAAUGAAAUAAAAUCAGACAUCAGUCCAUA